UAAAAAUGUUCAACAUAAAGUCUCUCUUCGCGACCAUCACCGGUCUUGGUAAGGACCAAGACCAACCGAUGCUUGAAAAUAAAUCUGAAUUGGAACAACUUCAAGAAAUUCCUUCUGAACGAGGAAGAGGCCGCAAAUAACGUCAUUAAUAGAAGUAACAUUAGAAGAAGAGAUACAGUUACUGGUCAGAAGAAAAGAUGUCUUUCUGCAAGUGAUAAUAACAAUACAUUUACUUCCAAGUUCAUUGAGAAGUACAAUGGUGGUGAUAACUGCCAAUUCCUUGCAACCAAACAACUUCCAAGAGGCUUUGCAGAUGAGGUCCUUGACCUUGAAAUGCAAGUUGAGGCUAACAGUUUUGACCUUAGCAAUGUUAACAGACUUAUUUUCCUCUAUUCACAAGCCAUUGAGGUUUAUGAGGGAAAGGACCAGACUAGAUACCAGAAUUAUUACAAGAAGUUACAAAAUUUGGUUAAUAAACCUUCAGUACAUCAAGAAAUGAAGUCAAACCCAACAGAGAGAAAGAAGAAAUCACUUCAGAAAAAGGAGUCAAAAGACCAAAACAAAUGUAUAAUUAAGAACUACGACAAAACCGAACAAGAGAGAUCAAAGUUGAUAGAGAAUGACAUUCGCUCUCAGAGCUUUAGUCUUGAGAAGCGCUUAGCACAAAGAAGGUUUUCCCAAAAUAAAGGAGUCCUACAAAAGUCUAGCUCUCAUUCCACUCUUACCAAUAGUAGUUCCAUCGGGACUAAAGAGGACUCUAGUGAAGAGUACUCGUCAAUUCUCAAUACCAGCAAGAUGGAGAACAGCUGGAAUUUGGAGAGUAAGAUGCUCCUUAGUAAUUUACAACAAGUGAAUAUCUCAGCCCAAAAUGUAUACAAUUUCAGCAGUGAAGAGAUCAUUUUUGAGGAGGCAGAAAAUGAAGUCUCCUAA